UGUAUUUGUGGUUAUACCUAUCUAUAGAUAAGUUUUAACUCCAAAAACCACCACCAUACCUAAUCCUGGAAAAGUUGUUGCCUGUGAAGGAUGCCUUCAGCUGCGAAUCCUAAGUCCGAAAAGCCGGCCUCUUCGGAGGCCACGGAUAAUUCACCAGUACGACAAGUAUUGACGAUUAUUGAACAUAAAAUCCGUAAUUUGGAGAAAAGAAAGAGCAAGUUGACUUCAUACAGAGACUUACAAAAAUCUGGCAAAGAACUAAAUGCUGAUCAAAAGAUAGCAGUUGCCAAGUACGACGAAGUAGCUCAGACGUUAGAGUUUGCUCGAGACCUCUCAAAACAAAUAACGUCCAUCGCUGUCUCAACCGAAAAGGAAGCUAAAAAACAAGCAAAAAGGGAAACCUGGAUUCGCUAUGCGGCCGACACAAACAAGAUCCGCGAGGUUCUCCUCAUCUUGGAUUGCCUCACGCAAAUGGGCAAUGCUGAAGCCAGGGAUGAUUUCCUAAAUGGAACUAAUGGAGCAGCUAAAUUGACUGAGGAGGAUCUUAAAAUUCUUGAUGAUUUGUACCCCGAAGUGACGCCGAAACACGAGGCCAACGAGGAGGGCCAGCCCGGAUUCCCCGCCCACACGACGAAGGCGGCCGAGCACAUCUACGCCAUCAUCGACGGCAAACCGAAGGAGAUUCUGGGCACCACGUACACGCACAUCAAAGAGAUCAUCAUGACCGUACACAGCUGCGGCUACUUCGACAAAGUGUCGGACACCGCGGCUCCCUCGCCGGGUGUGGAGGCGGCGGGUGUGGGUGUGGAGGCGGGUGUGGGUGUGGAGGCGGGUGUGGGUGUGGAGGUGGGUGUGGGUGUGGGUGUGGAGGCCGCGCCGCUCUACGCCGCGCCGCACGGCCUGCCCGCCUACCCGCUAUGCCCGCUGCCGCCCAUCACGCUACAGGAGGUCGAGCACGCCUACUUCGCCCAGCAGUACCCGCAGCAGCGCCCCAUAGCCGAGGUCAUCGGCUCGCAGAACUUCUUCUUCCUGCAGGAGUCCGAGAUCGACAGCCCCGUCGGCACGCCGCAGCCGCCGCCGGUGAACCCGCCCUCGCCGGGGCCCAUCCCCACGCAGACCUUCACCAACCAGCACUUCGUGCCGCUGCCGGACCCGGGCCCGCUGCCGGUGCCGCACUUCCAGGCGCCCUGCGCGCCGCCGGCCCCGCCCGAGGAGCGCGAGCCGACGCCCGAGGCCGACAAGCGCGACGAGUGGCCGGAGACGCGCAGCCCCGAGCGCAAGACGCAGGGCCAGGGCGACGGCCAGAACAGGUUCCGGCGGUACCGCGGCGGCAGGCCCGCGCCCAACGGGUACCGCGGCCGCGGCUACCGGCACGACGGCUACCAGUACCAGCCGCGCGCCAACAAGGACGCGCCCCCGCGGCAGUACGACAACUACCAGAGCCGGCACAGGGACGGCUCGUACGGCAACGGCGACGGCGAGCACCACGAAAACGGCCAGAGCUACGGCUUCAAGAGCCGCGGCCGGGGCGGCCCGCGCGCGCGCGCCGCGCCGCGCCGCGCGCCGCGCCGACAGGACCCGGCCGACCAGUGA